AUGGUAGACUUGAUGCAUUCUGCAGGUCUUACGCUGAGAAAGUGGAAUUCAAAUUGCGAGGAGAUUUUGUUGCACGUUCCGGAGCAUCUGCGGGACGAUCGGACUAUUUUGACCCUAGAAUCAGCUGAUUCCACAGUAAAGACUCUGGGAUUGCAGUGGGAACCACGGACGGAUUGCUAUCACUUCAGCACACCGAAAUGGACUGAAUCAGGAAUCAUAACCAAGCGAAUUGUUCUCUCGGACAUCUCUAGAUUGUUCGAUCCUCUGGGAUUGAUUGGUCCUGUUAUCGUUCAAGCCAAACUGUUCGUCCAGGAAUUGUGGAAGCGUGAAUGUAACUGGGAUGAUCCACUGAGCAACGAUCUACUAGAAACAUGGCUGGAGUAUCGGAGAAACAUGAUCGGAUUGGAUGGAUUAACGGUUCCACGCUGGGUUGGAGUUACAAAAUCAUUGAAAAGGGUUGAGUUACAUGGAUUCUGCGAUGCUUCGAAGAAAGCCUAUGGGGCUUGCAUCUACAUCAAAACCAUUUCGGAAGAUGACACAGUUGAAGUUCGCUUGUUCACUACCAAAUCUCGAGUUGCUCCUCUCGAAAAUCUCAAGAAAAAGAAGACAUCUCUUUCAAUACCUCGCCUCGAACUAUCAUCAGCACUCCUACUCGCACACCUUUUCGAGAAGGUCAUCAACAGCAUUCGCAUGACUGUGGAAUCGUACUUCUGGACGGAUUCCACUAUCGUGAAACACUGGUUGGCAUCGAUACCAUCCAGAUGGAAAGAGUUUGUGGCAAAUCGCGUAUCAGAAAUCCAGCACAUCACCAAGGACGGAACCUGGAAUCAUGUUUCCGGGACGGAGAAUCCAGCAGAUAUUAUAUCUCGUGGAAUGGCUCCACCACAGCUGCAGUACGAAUCCCUUUGGUGGCAUGGACCUCACUGGCUGUUGCAAGAUGAAGCAAACUGGCCAACAUCCGAGCCAAAUCAGAGCGUAGUAGCCGCAGCAUUGCAAGGAAUAGAACCAAGUGAAAUAUUCAGUCUACGUUCAUCAUUAAGAGAUCUCGUAUGGUUGAUAGCGUACAUUCGGCGGUUCAGCUUCAACGCCAAGGUUGCCAAUCGAGGAUGUCGGAAACAAGGUUCUCUAACGCUCGUCGAACGCGACGAUGGACUUCGAAUGCUGGUACGCUUGGCACAGAAGGAAUGCUUCCCCCAAGAGUAUGCUGAUUUGUUGAAAGAUCGCGAAGUUCAAGGUUCUUCGAGAAUUGCAUCUCUGAAUCCAAAGAUUGUAGAUGGCAUUAUAUGCGUUGGCGGCCGGCUACGAAACGCUAAGAUUCCAACAAGUAGAAAGCAUCCGUACAUAUUAGAUCAUCGUCAUCCUCUUACCAUGCUCAUCAUGACUGAGUACCACGAGAAUCUAUUUCACGCUGGCCAGCAACUACUGGUCUCAUCUGUACGUGGGAAGUACUGGCCUACAAACAUCCGAAAUCUAGCGAGAAAGGUAAUCCACGACUGCGUACGCUGCUUUCGUACCAAACCGAAGGUUCAUGAGCAGCUAAUGGCUGACCUUCCGUCGGAGAGGGUAACACCAUGCACUCCCUUUCAACGUGUUGGCAUCGACCUUUGUGGUCCAUUUCUGGUCGCUUAUCCUCAGCGCCGGGCUCGCCCUGUGAAAUGUUUCGUCGUCGUCUUCAUUUGCCUAGUCACGAAAGCUGUGCACCUGGAGUUAGUGGCUGACCUAACAACACAAGCUUUUCUAGCUUCCCUCAGGCGAUUUUCAUCUCGACGUGGAAAACCUGUCAUCAUUAUGUGCGACAAUGCCAAAAACUUUGUCGGAGCCAAACGAGAGCUAGAACAACUACGCAAACUCUUCAUCAGCCAGGAAUUCCAAGACAGCGUGACCAGAGAUGCAGCGAACGACAAUAUCGAAUUUCGUUUCAUUCCCGCGCGCUCACCCAACUUCGGAGGUUUGUGGGAGAGUGCUGUAAAAUCGUUCAAAACGCUACUGAAGAGAACGAUAGGGUCACGAAGCUUGCUGUACGACGAAUUUCAGACUCUUCUCACACAGAUCGAAUCAGUUCUGAAUUCUCGUCCGCUAACCCCACAGAUAUUACAGUAG